GAGUUCUGGGAUAGUUAUAAAAGUGCAGUUUACGAAAACGAAGAGAUUUCAAAGAUUGACAAGUUUUCGUAUUUGAAGCACUAUUUGGAAGAACCUGCGAAAAAAGUAAUUGCUGGACUUGCUUUGACUGAAAAAAAUUAUGACAUAGCUGUCGAUUUGCUUGAACAGAGAUUCGCGCGACCAACGACGAUAAAAAGGGCACAUAUCAACGAGCUUCUGAAUUUAGAUGCGGUUUUCAAUGAAAAACACGUUAAGAAGAUGCGAGAACUUUAUGAUACUAUUGAGACACACCAUCGUGGAUUGAAAGCCCUAGGGGUCGACGAAACAUCAUACUCGAACAUAGUUGUACCUGUUUUAAUGGACAAGGUUCCAGAGGCUGUUCGCCUGAACAUGAUUCGAGGAAGUAAGAAUCACCAAGAAUGGGAUAUGGAAGAAAUGCUUGUGGCUUUUCGAGAAGAAUUGGAGAUUCGUGAACAGCAUGUUUCGAUUUCAAUGGCUUUGGGAAAUGGGACCGUUUCUGGUAGGACGUCAUCAGAACGGCGAAGUGAGAUGAAACCGAGGUUUCCUGGUCGAACAACAACAGCGAGUGCGUUGUUCACGAAACAAGAUGGUGGAUUUGUGAGAAGAAAGUUCUGUGUAUUUUGUAAAGAAGAUCACGAAGAAGCCGAUUGUCACAACGUCAGGAACAAGGAAGAAAGGAAGGAUCUUGUUUUUAAAUAUGGACGUUGUCUUUUGUGUUUAAAAAAGGGACACAGAGCUUAUCAGUGUCAUUCGAAGGAAAAAUGUAAGUUGUGUAACAAACGACACCAUGUUGCAAUUUGUAAUGUUGUUGGUAGUCAGCCUAGUGCUAACCAAGCUCGUGUCAAGACUGUUGAUACUACUGUUACCACUUCUUGUGUAAGUAAUAUAGAUUCUGGGGGGAGAGCAGUCUUGCAAACCGCCAAGGCCGUAGUUACAGGUAACAUAAGGGAUGUUAAGGCACGUGUUCUUUUUGACUCAGGUAGUCAGAGGAGUUUUGUAACACGAAGUAUGGUAGAAAAACUUGGUUUGAACCCCAUUAAGCAAGUGCGCUUAGGUAUAAAGACAUUCGGAUCUCAAAAUAUGGACGAGAAGAUAAGAGAGGUGGUCGAGUUAGAGUUGAAAGGAGUUGAAAGUGGAGGGAAAGUGAAAAUACAGGCCUUUGUUGUUAAUGAAGUUUCAGAAAUACGCAAUGAGCAUGUUGAAAUAUUGAAGUAUGAUUAUAAGCAUCUUACUAACUUGUGGUUUUCAGAUGUUUGUAGGCACGAAGAUUCCCUUAUUAUAGACAUUUUAGUUGGAAGCGAUUGGCUUUGGACGCUUCAAGAUGGUCGUAUAAUACGAGGGGAGCCAGGAGAGCCUGUUGCCAUUCAUACUAAGAUUGGAUGGGUUGUGUCAGGGCCAAUAAAGGUCUCAACAGAUUGAAGGGGCAGUUGAAAAAGCUCAAGGAGAAGCCUGCAAUAAUGGAAACCUAUGAUGGGAUUAUAAAGCAACAAGAAAAGGAUAGAAUCAUUGAAGAGGUUACAAGUCUUGAGCUAAGUGAGAAGCUUAGUUAUCUGCCACACCAUGCCGUUGUACGAAAUGAUGCAGAAACAACAAAUGUAAGAAUAGUAUAUGAUGCCUCUGCAAAAGAUAGGAAGUCAGGUACCUCUCUAAAUGAGUGUUUACAUGUUGGACCACCAUUAAAUCCACUUUUGUUUGAUAUCAUGAUAAGAUUCAGAGAAAAUAAGAUUGCAAUAACAUCUGAUAUCGAAAAGGCAUUUUUGAAUAUUGAAGUGGAUAAAAAGGAUAGAGAUUGCUUGAGGUUCUUAUGGAUUGAUAGUUCUUGUGAUAGUGAACCAAACAUUAAAGUUUACCGCUUUAAUCGUGUUGUUUUCGGAGUAAAUAGUUCUCCUUUUUUGUUGAAUGCUGUUGUAAGACAUCAUUUAAGUACUUAUGAAACAGCUGUUCCAGAGUUCUCAGCAAAAUUGUCUAGAAGUUUCUAUGUAGAUGACCUAGUGUUAGGAUGUUAUGAUGUAGAAAGUGGUAAAGAACUCUAUAAAAAGGCAAAGAAAAGAAUGUUAGAGGCAGGAUUUAACUUAAGGAAAUGGAAGAGUAAUGAUCCACAACUUGCUCAAUAUUUUAAGGUUAUGGAAGAAACUGGGAAACAUCCUGCAGAUGGAGGGGGUGAAUGUAGCUAUGUAAAGGAAAUGCUAGGGGAAGAAAUUUCAGACACUAAGAGUAAAGUUUUGGGAAUAGCAUGGGAUA